AUGACUGGAAAAUUUGCAGUCCGGUCGCUGGACCACUUGGUUCUCACAGUCCGAUCCAUUCCAGAGACAGUGGACUUCUACACGACCCAUCUAGGGAUGCGGCAUGAAGUCUUUACAUCACCGAAGGAUCCCUCGGUAGAGAGGCACGCCCUGCUCUUUGGCACUCAGAAGAUCAAUCUUCAUCUUUCUGGGAAAGAAUUCGAACCCAAGGCGCAGAAUGUCAAGACCGGCAGCGCCGAUUUGUGCUUCUUGACAGAUGAGAAUGUGGAUAAAGUUCACCAAGCCUUCCAGGAUGCCAAAAUAGAGGUCCUUGAAGGUGACCAGGUCGUCGAUCGCACCGGGGCGGUUGGAAAGAUUCGAAGUGUCUAUGUGAGAGACCCAGAUGGGAAUUUGAUAGAGUAG